AUGGGCGUUUCUUCUCGGUCUUCUCAGACUGGACACGUUCAUGAAGACGCAAUACCAAAGAGUAUUGAAAAAGCUAUUCUCCCACCAAAUGUAGCAGAUAGCUUUCCCCACCAGCACAUUCAGCCUAGACACGAGCAGUCUUCAAACAUUCCUUCCACUUCUACGUCGUUUAGCCUAAGCCCACCGAUCACUACAACAGGUGAUAUUUACAACGGCACUGGCGAUGGGGAGUCUAAACCUCUUAGCAAGUACACACCUCGAACAUCCAAGCCUCUUGUCUUCCGAACUCCCCCCAAAUAUCCUCCUUUCAACUGCAAAGCCGCUUCUUGCAUCCGACAUAAGUGUAAUAAGUACAGCCUCUUCGACAACUCUGACCAAGAGAUACUAUUUUAUGCUCUACAGCUUCGGUGUCACUCAAGGGAGCUCUUGCGUCGAAAAGGAUUUCCCACUGUUGUCAAUAUCUGGUCCUCGCAGAAGAUCAAGCUACCAGCUGGUAUCAAUGCAGAAGAUUUUCUCAUGGCCCCAGAACACUCCUCACGAACCACCCACCGAGUGGUGGCCAUUGACUGUGAGAUGGUCGGCGUCGGUUCCGGCCAUUUCGAGGGCACCCAAGAGAAGCAGAGAAGUGAAUUGGCUCAACUAUGUGCAGUGGAUGUUUUGACGGGCGAAGUUCUUAUAGACAAAUUAGUCAAUCCUCUGGAGAAGGUGAUCGACUGGCGCACGCGAUUCAGCGGUGUCUCGCGGUCUGUAAUCAAUACUGCUAGAAGGCAGGGCAAACUAUUGCUGGGAUGGAGGGCCGCUAGGUCGGAGCUAUUUACCUAUAUCGAUGCGGACACCAUCAUGGUCGGCCAUGCCUUGCACAACGACCUUCUCAUCAUGCGUCUGGUCCAUAGCAAUGUCGUUGACACUUCCUUUCAGACAGCUGAGGCAGUUUUUGGCAGUGCAGGGAUUGCCAACAAGACAUGGGGACUCAAGGUUCUGGCCAAGGACCUUACCAACCUCUCCAUACAGGUGGACAAGAAAGGGCAUGACUGCACCGAGGAUACCUUGGCCACCCGCGAAGUCGCAAUAUGGUGUCUCUGCCAUCCAGAUGAGCUGGCAGUGUGGGCUACACAGAGGAGAGAAGAACAAUCGAGGCUAAAUGCCGAGCGUGAGAAGCGAUUGAGAGAAAAGCGAAGAAGGCAAGUGGUAACAAAGACCGAAAUACUCUUUUCCCCACGUCACCUUCAAGACCUCAGCUCCAACAACUCGUCCAAUGAUUCCGGGAACCCCGAGACUUUGAGAAGGAAUGCUUGA